CUACAAUUGAAAUGGCCGACGUUUAGGGGGAGUGUCUACCAGAAAUUUGUUUUCUAAUUGAUAUUUUAAACGUAGAGGUACACCGCCUAAGGCUGUAACAUUCCAAAUUAAAGACUGAAACAUUUUAUUGGCUCAAAAUGGCUUGGCGUUUUAAAGCCUCUAAGUAUAAAAAUGCAGCGCCGAUCGUGCCGAAGCCCGAGGCAUGUAUCAGGGAUAUAUGUGUGGGUUCGUAUCAGACGUAUGGGAACAAUAUAUGUGCGUCGGCAGCGUUUAUGGCGUUUAACUGGGAGCAUGUAGGCUCCAGUAUGGCUGUUCUGCCUCUGGAUGACUGCGGCAGGAAGAGCAAGACCAUGCCAUUGUUGCAUGCUCACUCUGACACUAUUACUGAUAUGGAUUUUUCGCCGUUCCAUGACGGUCUGCUGCUCACUGGGUCACAGGAUUCAUUGGUAAAAGUAUGGCACAUUCCACCUGAGGGCCUCAAGGAGUCUCUCUCGACACCUGAAUGUACUCUGUCCCAGAAACAGAGAAGAGUGGAGAAUGUUGGUUUCCAUCCUGUUGCCGAUGGCUUGAUUCAUGUUGCGUCGGGACAUGAACUUGCGCUGUGGGACUUGACGAAGCAGAAGGAGGCUUUUGUGAACAGAGACCACACAGAAGUGAUACAAUCAACAUCAUGGAAGAAGGACGGCAAGCUAGUAGCCACUUCUUGUAAGGAUAAGAAGGUGCGAGUGUUAGACCCGCGCGUCGACUCGCCCGUGCUGAAUGUAGCGAACAGCCAUCAGAAUAUCAAGGAUAGUAGACUUGUGUGGCUCGGAGAUACGGAUAGGAUUCUUACUACAGGUUUCGAUUCAGCGCGUCUCCGUCAAAUAAUUAUUCGCGAUAUACGCAACUUGUCCCAAACUCAGAAGACAUUAGAACUAGACUGUUCCACCGGAGUGUUGAUGCCGUUGUUUGAUCCAGACACCAACAUGUUGUUCCUCGCUGGAAAGGGUGAUACGACGAUAUUGUAUAUGGAAUUGACUGAUAAGGAACCGUACUUGAUUGAGGGAUUACGACAUUCUGGUGAACAAACAAAGGGGGCUUGCCUCGUGCCCAAGAGGGCGCUCCGUGUUAUGGAGGGCGAGGUGAACCGCGUGCUGCAACUAGCUGGCUCCUCUGUAGUGCCCAUCAUGUAUCAAGUGCCGAGGAAGAGUUACCGCGACUACCACGCGGAUCUAUAUCCCGAUACGACGGGCGCAGUCACUUACCUCAGCGCACCCAUGUGGCUCGAUAAACAGGAUUAUCCCGUGCCAAAUAUAUCCUUACAUCCUGAUGCCAAUAAUUCUACACAGGUACACCGCGGGAAUUUGGAAGAGCUCGUCAAGAACAUACUAGCUAUGCCGGUUCCUAAGAAAGGUGACUCUAAAAUUGUCACAUCCACAACAGAAGUGAAGUCAGUAGCUAAACCGCAGACUAUACAAACACCAGAGAAAGAAGAAGAUAGAAUCGAUUUCAUAAACGUCAAAGAUAUCAUCAAAGGCAUGGAGAAACAGAAAGUGGAACCAAAGGAAUCCUCAAAAGAAAAUGGCUUCCACAAGAAGAUAACGGAUAAUGGGUGUGACGAGAAGAAAGAUUAUGAAAUGGAGAAAGCGCAGAGUUUGGACAAAACCGACUCUGAUUCUAGUGAAACGUUGUCAAGGAGUAAUAGUUUGAUUAACGGUAUUCAGGUUCCAAAGCCGUUGCCUAGGUCUUCGAUUUCGGAAGCUGGUUCUGCGAGUGAUGAUGUAGAGGCGCCUAAACCUAAGCCCAGGACCACUGCUAUGCCUGUGUCGGGAUAUAAGCCACGUCUAGGUCCGAAGCCGUUUUCCGCGUCCGCCGGCAGCGAAGAAUUCUCCUUCGAUAAAGUUUUUUCAGUUCCCGCCGUGCCGGGAGUCAAGAGUGAUGCUACAUCACCCGUAUCUGGAUCGACGCCAGUGACGUCAGCGCCAUUGUCUAAAGAUGAAGAAAAAGAGAAAUCUUUAUCUCCCACUAGCGAUGUAGAGGUUGCUCCUAAAGAAGAGUACACAAACGGCAAGUCGGACACGAGCGUAGAGGAGGAAGUAAACAGUUCAGACUCUGGGUACAUUCCCAAAACGCCCAGUACAGCAGAUAGGAGGAAAAUGUUCGAGACUACUGAUGGUGUGAAGUCGAUAGCGGACCGUCGCCGCGCGUACGAAGUGCGUUCAGUGAGCGCCGCGCCCGAUACUGAAGCCCCGCCUUCACCCGCACCACUAAGACGCAGAGACUCGUUAAAAUCCCGCAAGAGCCCCGACAGAGAGGAGAAACGCUCGUCCGUGCCAAAUGUGACCACCAAACGUACUUCUACUGUUUUUGGAAAAGUAUCAAAGUUCCGCCACUUGAAGGGCACGCCGGGCCACAAGUCGACGCACAUUGAGAACAUCAAGAACAUCAGUCGACAGAUCUCGGGAGAGUGCCACGGUUUUUGUGCGAACGGCGUGCGCUGCGCAGUGCCAAUCAACACAGUGGGCGGGGGCGGGCGGGUAGCGGUCAUUGAGCUACCCGUCGGGGCUUCCCCCGCCGCCCGCGCAGCCCCCUCGCACCCCGCGGCGCUACACCCCCACGCGCUGUUGCACCCCGCGCCCUUGCAGGACUUCGCGUUCGACCCCUUCCGAGUUGAUAGGCUGCUAGUGGCCUGUGAUGAUGGAGCGGUGAGGGAGUGGAUCAUACCGGAGGGUGGCCUAACAGAGUCAACGAACGAGCCAAACCGCACGUUCUCAGCGCACCCGGACAAGAUCUACAUAAUACGGUUCCACCCGACCGCCGCGGACCUGCUCACGACCGCGGCCCACGACCUCACGGUCAAGCUGUGGGACCUGGCCCAGGAGGUCCCCACCGCGGAGGUCACGCUCACGGGCCACACGGACCAGAUAUUCGCGCUAGAUUGGUCCCUGUACGGGGAGUAUCUGGCCACCGUGUGCAAGGAUGGACUGAUUAGGGUAUACAACCCGCGCGUAUCAUCAGAGCCGAUACGCAGCGGUGGUGGUGUGCUAGGAAGUAGAGGCGCACGUAUCGUGUGGGCGCUCGGGGACACCCACCUUGUGGUCACUGGGUUUGACAGAGUAUCCGAGCGGCAAAUACUACUGUACCGCGCGGACUCGCUCGCGGCGCCGGUGUGCACGGUGUCGCUGGACGUGUCUCCUGCUAUCCUGCUCACACAUAUCGAUCACGACUCGGGCACACUCUUCUUGACUGGACGGGGCGACUCGACGAUCUACUGCUACGAGGUGACGUCAGAGGCGCCGUACCUGUGCGCGCUGUCGCACCACCGCGCGCCCACGCUGCACCAGGGCAUCGCCUUCCUGCACAAGCACAUGCUGGCCGUCGACAAGGUAGAGUUUGCGAGAGCUCUCAGAUUGACAAACGGGAAUGUGGAACCUCUGUCAUUCACAGUGCCUAGGAUUAAGAGUGAACUAUUCCAAGACGACCUAUUCCCCCCAACCCACGUGACGUGGGAGGGCUGGCAGAGCGCGGCCGAUUGGCUGAACAACAAACCCCUGUCUCCCCGCCUUGUGAGCCUGCAACCGCCGGGAAUGGAGCCGCUGUCAGCGCACACGGCUCCCGCUAACGCGGCGAAGGAAAAGCCGACGCAAAAGCCCAAACCGGACCUCAUCAAGUCGCACGUGCCUAUGGACCCCAAGGAGAAACAGGAUAGUAUAAUGAAAUCCAUGAGCGCCAAGGUGACAAUGAAUUUGAAGCUAGAACAGGACAGCAUGGAGGGCGUCGACGAGGCCGAGUGGGACCAGUGAAGCGUGUACACCCUAUACUGGGAUAAUUACCGCGUUUUAACCGCUUUAAAACGCGUUUAAAACUUAGACUAUUUCAAGUAUCCAUAUGAUAAUAAUAUGACGUAAUCAAUGGUUUGAUGUGGAUUUUUUUGAGUAUUGCUGGAUCCUUGUAAUUAUUGACACGUUUUUCAUGUAAUUUAGAAUGCAAUUCGACAUUUUUAUUUAUGAUAAUCGAUAUUAAUUCACGUAAUUUUUUUUUUGCAGUUUAAAGACAUGAAAUGAAAUGUGACGUGAGCAAAGAUGCAUUUAUAACCUUUCGUUUAAGAUACACACUUGGUAUUGCUUUUCACUUAUAAAUAUUUGCAAUAAUACUGGAGAAAUUAACAAAUUUUGGUUAAACAUACAGUUACUUAUACAAAUGUUUAUAUAUCUCUAUAUCAUGACAACAAGAAUAUUUAUGAUAUAAUUGGAAAAAUAUUCAAAUAAUAAUAAAUAAACCCAAAUUUGGUAUAACUCAAUAAUAUUACACAGCGAUAGGUGUUAAUUAUAAUAUUGCUUCUUGGAUUUUUUAACGUAAAAAUUUGCUUUUUUAACGUACUUUUUACGUACAAUUUUUAAUCGCCAUAUUUCAAUAUAAUGGGACAUACAUCUAUGAUAAGAAUAAAUACGAAAAUAAUGCGUAUAAAUGAAGUCCUACUGGUAUUUUAAAGUAUUUGAAAAUUUAAUAAUGACAUAUCUAAUUCCCUUGAAUGGUUGUAGACUUGAAACGUCCAAUAAUGCUUGAUUAGAGUGAGGGUUGAGUA